GAGGGCGAGGGAGCGGAGGCGGAGGAGGAGCAGGUGUGCGAGGUGGCUCUGCUCGAGGCCGGCGCGAGAGAGCAGGACGAGGAGGCAGAGGAGGAGGAGGAGGAGCCGGAGGAGGAGGCCGAGGCAGAGGAGCCGCUGCAGCUGCCGGGCGGCGGCGGCAGCGAGGGGGGCGAGGAGGCC